AUGCCGGAGAAACUCAUCAACGGCAUCCCCGUGGAAGAGAUCCUCAAUCCCAUCAUUAACAAUCUUGAGCUCGUCGAACGGAUCUCCCAUCGCAAGAAAGCGCAGGAACUCACCAUCGUUGACCCGGAUCCGCAAUGGCCGGAGUACUUCAAGACCUUUAAAGACCGCAUCCUCAAAGCCUUCGAUCCGCAAGGCGAUGAGCAAGGUGGCAACGACGGGAUGAGAGUCGAAAUCCUCUCCAUCAACCACGUCGGCAGCACCUCCGUCCCCAACCUCCCCGCCAAAGCCACCAUCGACAUCGACCUUGUCCUCUCCUCCACCACUCUCUCCUCUGAACCAUUCUACGUCCCCCUUCUAGAGAGCGGAGGCUUUCAGUACGUCCUCCGCGAACCCUCAUGGUACGAACAUCGUUUCUUCGUCGCCUACGAGCCUAUGCCGUGUAAUCUGCACGUUUGGGGCCCGAAGUGUGCCGAGGUAGAGCGGCACCUCAUUUUUCGGGACCGGUUGAGGGAGAAUGAUGGGGAUCGGGAGUUGUAUGGACGGACGAAGAGGGAGGCUAUGAGGGUGGUGAGGGAGGGAGGGGAGGGGAUGGUGGAGUAUACUAAGAGGAAGGAUGAGAUUAUUGGGGGGAUUUUGGGGAGGGCUUUCCAGAGGUUAGGUUAUUUGAUUGAUUGA